CCGCCCCCUUCCCGAGGCCCCGCCCCGCCAGGCCCCGGGACCAUGGUGGUGCUAAAGGGCGUCCCCGCGCUGCUCUCCCCGGAGCUGCUCUACGCCCUGGCGCGCAUGGGGCACGGAGACGAGAUCGUGCUCGCAGAUGUGAACUUCCCCACGUCCUCCAUAUGCAAGUGCGGCCCCGAGGAGCUCCGCGCUGACGGCCUGGGCAUCCCACCGCUGCUGGAGGCCGUGCUGCAGCUGCUGCCCCUGGACACCUACGUGGAGAGCCCAGUGAGCGCCCGUCACCCCACCGCCCCUCCCCGGUCUGGGCCUCGGUCUCUGCUUCCUCAGGCCCCAGAAGGCUGCCGUCAUGGAGCUGGUGCCCAGCGACAAGAAGAGGGGCCUUCAGACUCCCGUGUGGGGGACCUACCAGUCCAUCCUGUCGGGGGCCGGCUGCGGGGGAGACGGCUCUCUACGGAAACCUCAUCCUCAGGAAGGGGGUGCUGGCCCUGGAUGCGCCCUAGACCACCGGGCCCAGAGACGCAGCUGGAUGCCUGAGCCGGACCACAGAGCACUGGCCCCGCCCCCGCCUAGCUGCACGGUCCAGGGGGCCGGGCGGGGUUGGGGGGACCGCCGGGGACCCGGGUCACCCGAUUUACGGCAGUGAGGUGAAGGUUUCAACAACAGCUGCAUCCUCACAAA